AUGGGUUUAAUCAAUACUAGUGGUGGAGGGAAGGGAUGGAAUCCCAUUCUUCCUUCCUGUAUACUAAAGAACAAAUUCUUUCUCGCGUCAUUUUUCUCCUUGGUUGAAUCAGAAAUGUCACAAGAAUACCCAUACCCUUCUCACGUGCAUGCAGCUAGCUUUGUUUCAGUCAAGCUGUCCAGUAAAACCAAUUAUUCUAUGUGGGAGGAACAGAUGAUGUGCCUUCUGGAGAGCCACGAUAUGCUCGGUUUCAUUGAUGGAACAAUAAAGAAAGAGAAGUAUAGGGGAUGGAAUAGGUCGGACAAACUUGUCAAAGGAUGGAUUUUUGGUUCAUUAAGUGAAGAUGUGAUGGCUACUGUUCUUGGCCUCGACACAGCCAACAACGUGUGGGAGAAGCUACGGACUACUUACAGUAUUUAUGCCUCUCCUAACACCACCAGAAACAUAGAUAAGACAGAUCACCUCCCACUAUGUAGAGCUAUUAUGAGGGGCGACUGGGAGGAAGCUGGAGAAAUUUUUAACAGGGACAAAGAUGCAUUGACAGUUAAACUCAAUGUUGAAGGCCAUAGCGCACUCCACAUUGCGAUUGAUGCAUGUAAACAUAUCCAGUUUGUUGAGAAUCUCCUGAAGGAGAUAAACCCAGAAUCUCUUCUAGCUUUGGUGACCUGUCAUAAGGAAAAUGCACUGCACCGUGCUGCAAUGGUUGACAACGUCAAGGCUGCAAAGAUGUUGGUGGAGAAAAACCCAUAUUUGUUAUUCAGUCUUGACAAUAUGAACAACAUGCCUAUCCAUAGAGCUAUCAUCGGUUCUCACGAAACCACAUUUCAGUAUAUGCUUGAUGCCUGUAUGCGUCAUAUAACGCUUUCCCAAGAAGAUGGAUAUCACAAUCCCUUUGAGGGAAGACAUGGUGUACGGCUUCUUACUAAUGUAAUCAAUGCGGGGCUUUUGGAUGUUGCAUACGAUUUGAUCAAGAAGUACCCUGUCAUGGCUACGAAAAAGGUUGGGCCUUACAUACCCUUGUUGUCUAUUGCGAGAAAAGGGGACUUGUAUUUUAGUGGAACCCGAUACAACUUCUACCAAAAAUUUGUUUAUGCUAAUCUACCAACAGGUAACAAUGACUUAAGUGGUACAAACAAGAUUCAAGAUAUUGAGAACCAAAACACUUAUAAUGGCAACUUUGAGACCAAUGGCUGGAAGACCUACUUCUAUUAUGUCAUCCAGAGGAUUUAUGUCAAGUUUUGGGAUGUUGCACUACUAAAAAUGACACAUGUCAAGCAUCUCCAUGAAGACAAAUUGAAACACAAUAAAGCUCGUAUGCUACUGAAAUGUAUAUGCAAAGAAGUUGGUAAAAUAGAUAAAGGGAUUGAUAUUUGUCGAAUUUAUGGUGAAGCAUUUAAUUUGGCAGUGCAAAAUGAUACUCCUGAAGCAGUGGAAGAGAUCAUUGAAUCUUUUCCACAAGCAAUCUGGACAAGGAACAGUGAUGGUUAUUUAGCUACUCAAGUUGCAAUAAAAGACCGUUGUCGAAAGGUUCACGGCAUUUUGAUACGCCAUCUGCCUCGUAACAAGUAUUUAGUUCAUGCCUUUUUGGAUGAUGAUAAAAACAAUACAUUGCACUUGGCUGGACAAUUGGCACCUAUACCCAAACUCAAUCUUGUUUCUGGUGCAGCUUUGCAAAUGCAAAGGGAGUUGCAGUGGUUUAAGGGAGUGGAGAAAUUUGGGAAACCCAAACACAAGGAAAUAAAAAACAAAAAAGGAGAAACACCAAUUAUGGUAUUCAGAAGAGAACACAAGGAGUUAAGAAAAGAAGGGGAAGCAUGGAUGAAAAAGACAGCGGAUUCAUACACAAUCACAGCUGCACUCAUCAUCACUAUAGUUUUUGCAGCAGCCAUCACUGUACCUGGUGGAAAUGAUAGCGACACUGGGAAAGCAAUUUAUUCAAGAAAACCAAGCUUCAUUAUCUUUGUGGUCUCAGAUGCAAUUUCUUUGUUUGCAUCCACCACUUCGUUGCUGUUGUUCCUGUCAAUUCUCACAGCACGCUAUCGAGAGGAGGAUUUUCUAUACCGGUUACCAUUGAGAUUAAUAGUUGGCCUUGCAAUGUUAUUCUUGUCGGUUAGCUCAAUGAUGGUAGCCUUUAGUGCAACACUUUAUCUUACGUUUGGACAAGGAAGGGCAUGGAUUCUAAUUCCAGUAGCUACAUUAACAUGUCUUCCAAUUGUUUCAUUUGUAACACUACAAUUACCAUUGCUUGUUGAUCUAAUCUCCUCAACAUAUUAUCAUGGAAUCUUUGCUGAAGAUCAGUCGCCGUAG